AUGUCACCACACGCGAGGGCCCGGCCGACGAAACCGUCGACUUGGCCGUUCUUCAGGCACUUUACCAAAGUCUCCUUUAUCUCGCUGAUGCUGCUCAGUCUCAGCGUGCUGGAGUUUGGCUUCGACAACUCCAUCACCAGCCUCGUCCAGGUCAUGGACCAGUUUGACGUGGAUUUCCACAUGUACCUGCCGCUCAACGAGACGGAGCCCACACACCACCACGGAACACGUGCACAUGAGGGAAGUCAUAGCAACAGCAGCAGCAACGGGACCCAUCAUCACGGCCACCCGCAGAUGGAUCCCGUCAAGCUGUCGAUUUUCGGGUCGAUCGGCACGCCCUUCCGCGCCGGCAUGCUCUUUGUGGCCCUGCUGAUCGCCGAGCGCUGGGGCCGCUGGGCGGUGUUCGUGGUGAUGCAGUUUGGCAGCCUUCUGGGCGCCACGAUCCUGUUCACGGCGCACUCCUUUGUGCAGGUCGUCUGCGGCCGCGUCGUGCUGACCAUGUUCUCCGGCUGGCACGACUGGCUGAUCCCCAUGUACCUGGCCGAGAUUGUCCCCGGCCCGGUCCGCGGCUCCGUCAUUGCGUUUUACAUGAUCUUUAGCUAUUCCGGCUCCGUCACGGCGGCGCUGGCCACGUUCUUCUGCUCCCGGGCCUACGUCGACGACGCCCGCCAGUACCGCAUCCCCUUUGCCCUCAUGUGGAUCACGCCCGCCGUGUGCCUGUCGCUCUGCUGGGUGCUGCCCGAGUCGCCGCGCUGGCUGGUGCGCAAGGGCCGCAUGGACGACGCGGCGCGGGCGCUGCGGCGGCUCAACGGCACCAAGAACGGCUACUCGCCCGAGGAGGAGGCGAAGCUGCUGCUGGCGUCGAUCGAGGAGGACGCGGCCACGCAGGGCGCGUGGCGGGACCUGUUCCGGGGCACCAACACGCGGCGCACGCUCAUUGUGUUUAUGAGCAUCUUCAUCAUCUCCUUCACGGGGCAGUCGUUUGUCACCAAGUACGGCACCAUCUUCGUCAAGGGCAUCGGCGCCAUGGACCCGCUGCAGUUUGGCCUCAUGGAGAAGAGUCUGAGCAUCAUUGCGCCGCUGACGCUGCUGUUUGUCAUUGACCGCUUCGGCCGCCGCACCAUUUACUUUGUCAACGCCGUCGUCUACGCCGUCUGCCUCUUUCUGAUUGGCGGCAUCGGCAUGAUGGACGUCCACCGCGUCGGCAACGUCAUCAUCACGCUCUACAUCCUGUCCGCCAUCGUCCACAUCAUCGGCUACCACGGCGCCUGCACCGUCGUCGCCGCCGAGACGCCCCAUCUGCGCCUGCGCGAGCGCACCCUCACUGUCACCCACAUUGCCAGCAACAUUGUCGAGUUUGGCGUGUCCUUUUCGCUGCCCUACCUGCUCUACAAGCCGUACGCCGACCUCGAGUCCAAGGUCGGCUUUAUCUACGGCACCAUUUCCAUUCUCGGCAUCGUCUGGGGCUACUUUUACCUGCCCGACACCAGCAAGCGCUCCCUCGAGGAGCUCGAGGAGCUGUGGCAGGCCGGCGUCCCCGCCUACAAGUUUGGCUCCUACAAGACCACCGGCAGCGGCGUCGGCUUCCGUGUCACCCAGCUGGAGCGCCAUGCGGGCGCGGGCGAGCUGGGCUCGAGCUCCGAAGACCUGCCGCAGGCCACGAGCCUCCGCGGCACCGCCGAGAGCGGCAAAGCCGACAGCGACAUCCUUGACAAAGGCGUCGCUGUUGUGCACGAAGAGGUGGUCGUGCCUGAGAAGGUGUAG